AUGAAACUCCUCACUGCAGCUAUCCUCGUCAUCUUCUGCCUUGGCAUCUUCACUGCGCACACGGUGAAAGGAAGUGUUGGAAGUCAGCGCAUGCGCAGAUUCAGUUGUGUAAGACUGUCUACACAGCAACUGAACAUCCGAAACCUUGUCAGCUAUGAAAAGCAACAGGUUCCAGUAAAUGCCAUCAUGUUUAUCACCACAAAAGGUAUCAAGAUCUGUGUGAGCCCUGAUCAGAAAUGGGUGCAGUCUGCUAUAAAGAAAAUAGACCAAAAACGUACCACCAAAGGCAAAUAA